GAUUAAUUUUAGCUGGUAAUUUUUAUACUUAUAGAAAGAAUCACACACUGCUUAUCCUUUGUGUCUGGCUUCUCUACCUGGCUGCAAGGCACCAUGAUUGCUUCAUUCUCUUUGUUUUCCAGUGUUCCGUGGUAUGAAUAGAUCCAUCAUCCACGUGUGCCUCAGAUAGCCUUUGGCCAAAAAUAAAAGUUUGGGAAUGUGUACCUCAGUGGUACAGCACUUGCCUUGCAUGUGUGAUGCCCUGGAUUCAACUGCUAUUACUGCAAAAAUAACUUUUUAAGAAGUAAAUAACAGAUUAAACACCAUUAGAUCUAGACUUGAAUUCUCCUAGAGAAGAGGGAUGAUUCUGUGAAUAACCCAGGCCUCUAGGCCAAUAAUUCACCUUGAGUAACAGCUUAAUACACUCCUCAGGAUCUGAAGAGGUCUAGAGUGUGCCAGGCAAUCCUGUCACUCCAGACCAUUUUUGGGCCACUGACUGUGUGUACGGUAUUGUGCAUGAAGAUGCAGCUCCUGGGCUCAUGCCGACCUCUCCUAGGGGUGGAAGCAACCAGAGAACGUCUUCCAGACCCAUGGGAGGUGCAGGGGUCUCUUCCACGCAGGAGCAGCCAGGACCUGGUCCUUUCCCAGCCCCUGGAGCAGAAAGGUGGAUACUUCCCCUCAAGCGACAUGCAAGUGGGUGUUAUCUUCCCCAGGAUUCUCAAGCCGCCCCAGCCCUGGCAGUGUGGGCCUUUAUCUGGGCUCUGUUUCCUCCCUGAGAACACCAGGUCUUGGAGCAAGAGAAUGCGACGAAUGCGACGAGCUCUCCCCAUGGCCGUCUUGUUCAGCUUCCUUCUGUUUCUGUGUGGCCACUGCCGGGCUGCUGUAGACAACAUCCAAGCCAUCUACGUGGCCUUAGGGGAAGCCAUGGAGCUGCCGUGUCCCUUACCACACAUCCUACAUGGGGACGAAUUCCUGUCUUGGUUCCACAGCUCUGCAGCGGGCACCUCCACUACCCGAGUCCAAGUAACCAACAUCCCACACUUUGGGCAAACCAGAAGGGAAUCCAGACUCAAACUCCUGGGAAACUAUUCUUUGUGGCUGCAAGAGUCCAAGGAUGGAGACGCCGGCCGGUACUGGUGCACGGUGCAGGGUCAGCACGUCGAGUACCAGAACUGGAGGGUGUACGAUGUCUCUGUGUUCAAAGGAUCCCAGUUCUCCGCAAGAGCUCUGGAUGGGUCUUCCUGCUCUGUCCUCCUGUGCUCCGUGGUCCCUGCCACGCGUCUGGACUCUGUGGCCUGGCUGGAGGGGAAGGGGCCUGUGAGAGGGCACGCUCAGCCCUUCUGGAGUGAUGGGGCCGCGCUGCUCUUGGUCUGUCCUGGGGAGGGGCACCCUGAGCCCAGAGGCCGUAGACCACGAGUCAUCCGCUGCCUCUUGCCUCAAGACAAAAGCCUCAGCUUCAGCCUGCCAGCCCCCACAGAUCCACCUCCCACCCUCUGUGCCCCUCCUGCCCGCUGGGAUGUGCCCCGGAUCCUGAUGCUGCUGCUCACGGUGGGCCAGGGAUUCACCAUCCUGACCCUCAGCAUCGUGCUCUGGAGGCGGAGGGCCCAGGGGGGCCAGGGCCCAGACACCUCAGUCCCUCCAUUCAAACCCGAAAUCCAGGUCUAUGAGAACAUCCACUUGGCCUGCCUCUGCCCACCUGCCCACAAGACCAGAUGAUCUUGGCGACAUCUGCUGCUGGGAAGUGUGACCUGCUGGUUCCCGGCCAUCUGGCACAUAGAGGACUCAGGAGGGGAGGGGCUUUCUGUCCAGCUGGCCUUGCCAGCCACCAAGCUGUAUGGGGGAUGGGAGGGGAGCUAAAGGAAAGGAGUUGCAUUGUUCCAUGUUGUCACAAAAAAGUGUGGUCUCCUGUCUUGAAGUGGCCAGUGGAGGGCUGAGCAUGAAGAACUGUGAAAUUGAGGGGAACCUGGGCUAGUUGUUGGAGUAAGAAAGGAUGGGGUGGGCAGCAAAGAGACAAAUAAA